UCUUCCUAAUUAAUGGUCUUGACGUUCCGAAUAACUACUAAGCAUCUCCAGUAUGACUUCCUCUGGCCCCGUGGUAUCUGCUUCUGUGAAAGAUGCACCCUUAGUGCUUGGGAUGCUCUUUGCAAACACGAAUACUGUUCGACAGUGAAGGCGGGACGACUCCUCUAGUUUUAUCGACUAUUCCGUCGUCCUAGUCUUUGAAUGCUUAAGGACGAGAAGUCUCAUAUCAGGAUACAUUCCGCACUGAUCAUCCUCAACUACGUCCUGGUCGUGACAUGGACGACGAUCUCGCCACCCGAGAUCCCCGCCAGUAACAGGUCCACCUGGGCAGCUAAUCCUGAUAUUACCUUUAGAUGAUC